AUGGCUGAACAACCUCAAGAAUCGGUACCAGCUGCCGAUAAGCUUGGUGCUGAUGAAAAACCCAAGUCAUUUUCUCAUCAAGAACACGCAAAGGAUGAGACGGUCGAGUUUGCCGAUCUCCAGAUCACCUAUGAUAGCAAUGGCAUCAAGGGAAUUCUCAAUUCGCCUUUUGUGUGUGGUGCAGCUCUACUUGCUUCCUUUGGAGGUUUCUCCUUUGGCUAUGACCAGGGUGUAAUCUCUUUGAUUCUGGUGAUGCCCCAAUUCGUCGAUCAGUUCCCAGAAGUUGACAAGAACGCCCCGAACUAUGGCUUCAAUACCGGCUUCCUGACAGGCAUGUUAGAGCUCGGAGCAUUUAUCGGAUGCCUUUUCUUCCCGUACAUUGCAGACAAGAUUUCGCGAAAAUGGGCUAUUAGCGUGGCGACUGGAUUCUUCUGCAUUGGUGCCAUCAUUCAAACAGCGUCGCAGAAUUAUGAUUCCCUCGUUGCUGGUCGAUUUAUUGGGGGCAUAGCGCCUCCCAAUCUUCGCGGAUCGCUGAUGGUUCUGGAAGCUAUCAGUAUUGUCGUUGGGGCAAUUGUUGCGUAUUGGAUUACUUAUGGGACAAGGGCAGUUAGUGGCGACUGGGCAUUCAGAUUGCCAUUCCUUCUUCAAAUGCUACCGGCCCUGGUUGUCGGUGGUGGAAUCCACUUCUUCCCUUUCUCUCCUCGAUGGCUUGCGCUCGCGGACCGAAACGAAGAAAGUUUGGAGUGUCUGGCCAAGCUUCGACGGCUCCCUGCUACCAAUGAAACUGUGCAGCUGGAGUGGAGGGGUAUUCUUGCGGAAGAUCGAUUUCAGAAACAAAUCUUGCUGAAGGAGCAUCCCGACACUGGUGCUGUGAUGAUGGAGUUCAAGCAGUGGGUUGAUCUUUUCCGGCCGAGGUAUCUCAGACGGACAUUUGUCGCUAUGGCUAUUCCUUUUUUCAACAGCAGUCUGGGACAGGAUUAUGAGACAUCGCUUAUUCUCUCGGGAAUGGUCAACAUUUUUCAAUUCAUCGGCAGCGUCCCGAUCAUCCUAUAUAUGGAUAAGUUUGGCAGGAGACGACUUGCUAUCUUCGGUGGGCUUGCGAUGGGCAUCCCGCAUAUUAUCAUGGCCGGCAUCGUUGGCAGAUUCAGCUCAAACUGGCCAGCGCAUAAAGGCGUCGGCUGGUUUGGCGUUGCCUUAAUUUACAUCUAUAUCCUCGCAUACGCCAUGUCAUAUGGACCCCUAGGCUGGGUCCUCCCAGCCGAGAUCUUCCCAAGUUCGAGACGAGCAAAAGGGGUAGGUCUUGCUACAGCAGUGAACUGGUUGGCCAACUUCAUCAUCGGGACCAUCGUUCCGCAGAUGCUGGUUUCCAUUGGCUGGGGGACAUUCUUAUUCUUUGGCGUGUUUUGCGCACUGGCGGCUCUCUUCUCGUUUUUCUUCGUACCAGAGACUUCCAACAGGUCUCUGGAGCAGGUUGCAUCUGUUUUCGGAGAUAACCUUGCGGCUGAUGAAGUGGAACUUCGCUCUCGGAUUGAUCGGGAGAUCUGGGCGGAGACUAGUGCUCGUGCACAAGUCCAUGUUUGA